UAUAUCUACCACCAUCCCCCUCGAAAGUGGCAUGACAGCAUUGCGCAACCUGCACCUUCUGUCACUAUGGCAGCCAAGCUGGAACUCCUCGACUUGCCUCUGAUUAUACUUCAGCUGAUAAUCGAAAACGCUGAUCGCCAGGAUAUCAAAUCGUUCCGCCUCGUCUCGCGCACAUGCAGACAUCUUGGGGAGCGUGUUUUAUUCCGCUCGCUCAAGAUACAUGACCGAGACCCUCAUUCUGAAACUAUCAUUCCAUACAUAUGCAACCGAAUUUGUGAUUCUGGAGACAGUUUACCACGGAACAUACACCACCUGCAGGUCGGGCCCUUGGAAGAUGACAGCAAUUACCCAGAGGCCGAAGUCCUCGCGCAUAUGAUUCAAAACAUGAGAGGCCUGAGAAAUUUCACUUGGCAUGUGCGUUUUGCUAUCCCCCUAGUAGUGCUCGAUAGUCUUUCUGCCAACCGUCCAGCAGCUCGACUUCACAUCAUUAAUUGGUGCCGUAACGAGCAAGGAAGACCAUAUAUUCCGCCCGACACACAAGCUCUUUCAUCGCUGCAACUGUACUCACUCGAUUACACUGCUUAUGCGGAGCCGAAGGACAUACUUUGGGGCCGUAGGACCUUUAUCUCCGAGCUUCCAACAAUCAAAGAUGCUCUUCUCCAGGCCAAGAACUUAAAAAGUCUUGCUCUCCGAGGCGAAGUAAUCAAAGGGAUAAGACAAGAUUCCUGGUCUGUGGGCGACCGGAAUAUGGACUUCCGACCAGAGGAUCGAUUCCCAGCGCUUGAAGCGCUCAGUGUGGAAAUAGAUCAUUAUGAUUUCACGAGAGAACACUGUCCAAAGUGGGCCAAAGCCAUGGACUGGAGCAUGCUUCGCAAUUUGAAUCUUGAGCGUGGAGCCCCCGAAAACUUGUUGGAAGCACUGACAGGAAAGCUGCCUCAGCUCAAAAGUCUAACAUUUGGUUUGGAGCUUCUAUUUCUUUUGGAUUUGGGAUAUUAUAACAAGUUCGAAGCAUUUUUAAAUGGUAUCGUGGGAUUAGAGAAGGUUGUUGCAGCUAGCCCCAUUGGUGUACUCUGGAGCAGAAUAGCCCUACCGUUGUAUACCAAGCAUGGACAUAGCCUCAAGCUCCUACAUGUCAAGUGCUCCUCUGACACUGAUCGCGCCUGGGAAGAAGCGGACGUUCGAACAUUGGUCGAAUUGUGCCCCGGCAUUGAAGAUCUCUCUCUGAGAGCUGCAUUGAUCGAAAAUGUCUCACGGGACCGGAGAGAAAGUGCAUGGCCUGAAGCGACAACGGCGGCGUUACUGAACCUGAAUCACCUGCGCAAUCUUGAAAUAUAUUUCGAUGCGGAUGAAAAUAUCUUGGAAUACACAUAUUCCGAGGGUGGAGGCAAAUUUAUAGUUGAAGAGGCAGCCGAAAGGCGUGUCGUACAGCUUUAUGAACAGCUCAUGGAUAGCAGAGAGGAUUCCGUGCUCGAGUCUGUUACCGUGAGAUUCACGGCCUCGUACCCUGCUAUAAAGGAAUGGGUUUUCAGAGUGAUCACAGCAUCCCAUCUCAAGAGGACGUUUGAUAUACAAAGGGACUUUACCAAUCCCUAUGUGGAAUGGGACAUAGUGAACCCUCUGGGAAGAAACUAUGAUCCUUGA